GAGGCGUUGAGCAUAUAGGCGUGACUAGAGUGUACUAGAAGGGUUCUUGUUCACUGGGUGACUCUCUCUCCGGCUUGGAAGGCACGUGGGCAGCGCAGCGCGCACUGGAUGACGAUCCGAAACUAGUAAUGGAACGGCGCUGAACACUUUGGGCCAGCGCUGUUCUGGUAGGUGUUCUGUGGUAUUACCAGCGAGUAACAGCUCGCCGACAACGAAGCUAGUACAAGAGAACGCGCGCUGGAUGUACUGACAACGAAAGAACUGCCUUUGGCCCGCAAAACGUCCUUCCUACUGUCUGAGGCGGUGGCUACAUGGAAACGCCCCAUCUGCCCUCACCUGAUGACUGUAAUGUAAUAGGAGAAGCAGAGCCUACAGUCGGUCUGUUCGUACACCAGGAUGCUGAUGAGUUGUGCAAGAGUGGUGCGCCUCUUGUGCAGCACACUGAAGAAAGAGAUGAAAACUUGGACUUGGGGCUUUCAGAACGGCACUGCGACGAGGAGGCUCCCUCUCUGGACUCUUCCUCUUUGGGAAAUGCUGGACGCGUGCUUGAAAAUGUUAACAACCCUAUGAACGGAGUCGAGGAGUUUGCAGUGUGUCAGGACAAGCACGAAACAGUUUCCAGCAUGCCAUUCACAUCAUUAGGGCUCGCCGUAGAACUUGAGCACGUGCUGCCUGAAGAAGGGAACAGUGCAACGAACAACUCUUCCAAGAAGAAACGCAAGAGGCCAGGAAAAAGAACAUGUCUGAGGAAAGGCUCGAGGAAGGGAAAAAAAACCGGGGGACCAAAUGACUCAUCAGGGGUACCGUUUUCUUUGUCAGUUUUGUCGUCGCUUUACAACGAAAAGCAUCAGAUGUGUUGAUCUAGCGUACGGAAACGGUGCUUGCUUUUCAUGCAGAUUGUCGCACGUGCACUCAAGUGGGGACGUUGUAUUUUAAAGCUUUCUUUUGCCUUGUGACCAGUGAUGACGACACUUGUUCAGUGUUGUAUACGUUUGAACUUCAAUAUAACGGACACGAAUAUAUGAAAUAUCGGUUAUAACGAAGGAAAUGAAAAACGAUCUUGCAAUAGACAGUGUUAUGAGUAACCGCUGCAAGGAAUUUCCACAUAACGAACUUAUUUUUUUGUUAGGUGCUUCAUCGGGAUGCUUCAUCAGAGGGGUGCUUCAUCGAAAAUAGAUACACGCGAACUUCUGAACUGUUAAACCCCGUUAUAAGAGGCGUGCGCCAGACAGCAAUUCUUGUGUUUUAUAUGAGGUGUCUCCUAUAAGCAGGAUACCAUGUGUGCAUUUUCCUAGUUUUAUAAAACAAUAUUUUACUGCAGGCACACUGGUGUCUUUUAAACGGACACUAAAGUUACAUAACAAUUUACGUGAGAGUAAAAACUCAAUGUAUGACGACUUCCAAAAUGACAAUAUUAUCAACAGCAGUGCCCUACUUAGCAAGAGGUUUAGGUGAAUGCACGUGAACGUAUGCAUUACUGUAGGAAAUUCUCAAAAUGAUCCCGAUGACGUCAGACAAAUCGCUUACAAUUAAUCAUCAGUAAUCGAACUAGCUGCUCUAAAUAAAUGACCUUUCGUGCAUCAAGAGAUGUAAUGAAAUGCUUCUCGUUCGUUUUUGUUUGAUUUGUGAAAAAAAAAAGGAACGCCGGCCGUUACUACGAGGAAUGUCGUGAGUGGUUAAAAAAUUCAAUUUUCGCCUGGUUAAACUGGACAGUUCGUGCCAUCUAGUGGGGCCCAGUUGAGCCAAAACAUGUCUGCCAUCUCGGAGCCAAUAGCAGCCAUUGCUUCUGCUGUGGUUCGCGCUGCUUUUGUUUUGCUGCUACUAGUGUCAAUGGCCAUACAGUAAAGCAGGGCAACGUUGUGCACGGCAACAGUGAUGCGAGAUGGUCCGGCGGGUAAUUUUAAGUGCGCUAACCUGAUGCGGACUUCUAAAAUUUGAUUUUAUUUUAAAAUAAGCCCUUCUUUGGGGCAAAAGUAACACUAUGAGGUUUCUGGACCGCUGUUUCAAGAAUAAAUGUCGACAUGAUAGUUGGAUUUAGUGUCCCUUUAAACCCAUUGGUCUUUUAUAUCAAUGUCUCUUAUAAAAGGGUUCGACUGUAUAACAAAGUGCAUGUUGCAAGAAAGUAUGUUUGUUAUAUCAGAAAAUUCGUUAUAACGGUUUUUUGUAAUGCUAUAUCUAUUGCAAGACUGUUUUUCAUUUCGUUGUUCGAUAUUUCGUUAUUAUCCGUGUUCGUUAUAUUUUCUCGGGAAUAGUCAAGGCCUUCAGCAAGUGCCUCUUGUAAAAUAUUCCUGGCUACGAGCGUAGAUGAAGCGCCAGCGAAGGCAGUGGGCAGCUGCUAUUGUUAGAUCAAAUAUUGAAUCGCUUAGCAACUUAGUUUGGAAAAUAGGUUAUUUUUACAUUGGGUAAUUGUCAGCGACAGUACUUGAGGCCCGGUCUGCUCAUGUUCUUUUAUACACGAAUCGCAGUAGGCGCUGUAAGCACUGCCUAUGCCGCUGCUCUCGUACGUGUUCUUUGCAACAGGGGUUAGUGGUGCUUACUGGCUAAUUGCGAUUUUCGAAUACCGGGAGUGCUGCAUUCACAGUUAUUUUCUGCCUGGAGGCCAGGAAAGGCUGAAAUCAAGUAUGUCAUUGUAUGAUUUCGUCGGAGAUUUUCAGUAGGAGGUAUAUGCACUGAUUGUUUUUUCGUUCUUGCAGUACGAUCCUUUAAAGGGGACCCUGAAACGGUUUUUUUGGCGACUUGGUACAAACAAAUUAGGCCGGUAAACUAAAGGGUUAUUUAGAGACUGUUUGAGAUCUCCGCUUAAACUUUUUAAAUGAACGUUGAAAUCGAAAUUUCGCCGUGAUGUUCUAUCUUGAAUGUUUGUUAUAAUAGGAAUAUUGAAAUUGCCCCAUUAUGUUCCAGCCUGAGGGGGCAGACUGGUCUUUAGGACCAAAAAGUGACAAAAAAAUUCAUUUUUAAAAUUGA